AUGGCAGGCGGAGCAGACCUUGACGAGCCUCCGAGGCAAUCGGAUAACACCACCGACCGAAAGCGGCCUUCAGAGUCAACACAUGAGACAGACCCUGCCGAUGCGCCUAGAGAUCGAUCAGGUAACAAGACUUAUGAUGUCAGCAAGCUAGAACCCGCGCGCAAGCGGCAGCGCUCUAAAUCGCCCGGGGGUGACGCUGCUCCCAGGAAGCUCAAGCGACCUGGUGCCCGUGCGACCAUCUCGGAAGCGGAUCGCAAGGCCGCGAGGGAGCGCGCACUCGAGCGUGAGCGUUUGGCUCGGGAGGCGGCCAUCGCCGACGAGGAGCGUCAGCAGAUCAAUGACGUCGUCAAGGCUCACUACAAUGCCGUACCAGAGAGGGGUCGCGAUUGGCGCAAGACUGACAGUCGGAUCAAGGGUCUCCGGUCGUUCAAUAACUGGAUCAAGAGCUGUAUCAUUCAGAAGUUCUCUCCUGAUGAGGACCACCAGCCAGGAAGGGGCGGUGGUCCCAGCAUAUUGGUGCUGGACAUGGGCUGUGGCAAGGGCGGUGAUUUGGGCAAAUGGCAACAGGCCCCUCAGCACGUGGAGCUAUACGUCGGUAUGGAUCCUGCCGAUGUAAGUAUCGAUCAGGCUAGGGACCGCUAUCGCAGCAUGAGCAGCCGGGGCGGCCGCGGUGGAAGGGGAGGACGCGGUGGUGGCAGGGGUCCAGCUAGGUUGUUCGAGGCCCGCUUUCACGUCAAGGAUUGCUUUGGCGAGCCCAUCAACGACAUUGACAUCAUACGUCAAGUUGGUUUUGAGAGCGGACCCCAUGGUGGUGGGCGCGGCUUUGAUGUUGUCAGCAUGAUGUUUUGCAUGCACUAUGCAUUCGAGACUGAGCAAAAGGCGCGCCAGAUGCUCAAAAAUGUCGCGGGUGCUCUGAGGAAAGGCGGACGCCUCAUUGGUGCUAUCCCCAACUCGGACGUCAUCAGCACCAAAGUCCGCGAGCACAACGCCCGCAUGGCAGGAAUUAAGAAAAAGCAGGCAGAGGCUGAGGAUGGUUCAAAGAAGGAUGACGGUGGCGAUGCCGAGGAGGGCGAGCUUGACGAGCCAGAGGUUGAGAAAUCGGCAGAAUGGGGUAAUGAUAUUUACAGGGUUAGGUUUCCAGGGAAGACACCGGAAGACGGCAUUUUUCGUCCACCUUUCGGUUGGAAGUACAACUUCUUUCUGCAUGAGGCAGUCGAAGAGGUCCCAGAGUACGUGGUGCCGUGGGAGGCCUUCCGUGCCUUGGCCGAAGAUUACAACCUGGAGCUGCAGUGGCAUCGAAGUUUCAAGGAGAUUUGGGAUCAAGAGAAGGAUGACCGAACCCUCGGUCCCCUGAGUGAGAGGAUGCAUGUGAGAGAUAGGAGUACAGGCGAUCUGCUGGUAAGCCCUGAGGAGCUGGAGGCCGCCAAUUUCUACGUCGGCUUCUGUUUCUACAAAGUUUAG